UAGAGAAAUGCAAAUCAAAACUACAAUGAGGUAUCACCUCACACUGGUCAGAAUGGCCAUCAUCAAAAAAUCUACAAAAAAUAAAUGCUGGAGAGGGUGUGGAGAAAAGGGAACCCUCUUGCACUGUUGGUGGGAAUUGAUACAGCUACCAUGUAGAACAGUAUAGAGGUUCCUUAAAAAAACUAAAAAUAGAACUACCAUACAAUUCAGCAAUCCCACACCUGGCAUAUACCCAGAGAAAACCAUAAUUCAAAAAGAUACAUGCACCCAAAUGUUCAUAGCAGCAUUGUUCACAAUAAGCAAGAUAUGGAAACAACCUAAAUGUUCAUCAACAGAGGAAUGGAUAAAGAAGAUGUGGUACAUAUAUACAAUGGAAUACAACUCAGCCAUAAAAAAGAAUGAGAUAAUGCCAUUUGCAGCAACAUGGAUGCAACUAGUUUAUCAUACUAAGUGAAAUAAGUCAGAAAGAGAAAGACAAAUACCAUAGGAUAUCACUUUCAUGUGGAAUCUAAAAUAUGGCACAAAUGAACCUAACUACAAAACAGAAACAGACUCACAGACAUAGAGAACAGACUUGUGGUUGUCGGGGGGGGGGGGGCUGCAGGUGGAGGGAGAGGGAUAGACUGGGAGUUUGGGGUUAGUAGAUGCAAACUAUUACAUUUAGAAUGGAUAAACAACAAGGUCCUACUGUAUAGCACAGGGAACUAUAUCCAAUAUCCUAGGAUAAACCAUAAUGGAAAAGAAUAUUAAAAAAAAGAAUUAUAUAUAUGUAUAACUGAGUCACUUUGCCGUACAGCAGAAAUCAGCACAACAUUGUAAAUCAACUAUACUUCAAUUUAAAAAACUAUUAGAACUAAUAAAUGAAUUCAGCAAGGUAGCAGGGUACAUGAUCAAUAUACAGAAAUCUACUGUAUUUCUUUAUACUAACCAUGAAAUAUCAGAUAGAGAAAGUAAAAAAAAAAAAUCUUGUUUAAAAUUGCAUCAAAAAAAAAAAAUACCUAGGAAUAAACCUAACCAAGGAUGUGAAAGACCUAUAUGCUGAGAACUAUAAAACAUUGAUAAAGGAAACUGAAGAUGAUUCAAAGAGAUGAAAAGAUACCCCCUGCUCUUGGAUUGGAAGAAUUAAUAUUAUUAAAAUAGCCAUACUACCCAAAGCAAUCUACAGAUUUAAUGUGAUCCCUACCAAAUUACCCAUGGUAUUUUUCACAGAACUAGAACAAAUAAUCCUAAUAUUUACACAGAACCACAAAAUACCCAGAAUUGCUAAAGCAAUCCUGAGGAAAAAGAACAAAGCUGGAGGUAUAACUCUCCCAGACUUCAGACAAUACCACAAAGCUACAGUAAUCAAAACCGUGUGGUACUGGCACAAAAACAGAUCUAUAGAUCAUGGAACAGAAUAGAGAGCUCAGAAAUAAACCCACACACCUACUAAUCUUCAACAAAGGAGACAAGAACAUACAAUGGAGAAAAGAGUCUUCAAAAGUGCUGUUGGGAAAACUUGACAGCUUCAUGUAAAUCAAUGAAGUUAGGAUGCAUCCUCAUACUAUACACAAAAAAAUUCAAAAUGGCUUAAAGACCUAAAUAUAAGACAUAGCACCAUAAAACUCCAUAAAACUCCUAGAAAAGAACAUAGGCAAAACAUUCUUUGACAUAAAUUGUAGCAAUAUUUUCUUAGAUCAGUCUCCCAAGGGAAAAGAGAUAAAAGUAAAAAUAAACAAAUGGGACCUAAUAAAACUUAUAAGCUUUUGCACAGCAAAGGAAACCAUAAACAAAUGAAUAGGCAACCUAUGUACUGUGAGAAAAUAUUUGCAAACUAUAUGACUGACAAAGGCUUAAUUUCCAAGAUAUAUAGACAGCUCAUACAACUCAAUAUCAAAAAAAAAACAACCCAAUCAAAAAAUGGGCAGAAGACCUAAAUAAACUUCUCCAAAGAAGACAUCCAGAUGGCCAACAGGCACAUGAAAAAAAAUGUUCAACAUUGCUAAUUAUUAGAAAAAUGCAAACCAAAACCACAAUGAGGUAUCACCUCAUAUCAAUCAUAAUGGCUAUCAUCAAAAAGUCUACAAGUAAUAAAUUCUGGAGAGAGUGUGGAAAAAAGGGAACCCUGUUGGUAGGAAUGUAAAUUGGUGCAACCACUAUGGAAAACAGUCUGGAGGCUCCUUGAAAACUAAGAAUAGAGUUACCAUAUGAUCUAGCAAUCCCAUUCCUGGGUAUGUAUCUGGAAAAGAUAAAACUCUAAUUCAAAAAGAUACAUGCACCCCAAUGUUCAUUGCAGUGCUAUUCACAAUAGCCACGACAUGGAAGCAAUCUAAGUGUCCAUCAACAGGGACUUCCCUGGUGGUCCAGUGGUAAAGAAUCCGCUUUACAAUGCAGGGGAUGUGGGUUCAAUCCCUGGUCAGGGAACUAAGAUCCCACCUGCCAUGGGGCAACUAAGCCCGCUUGCCACAACUACUGAGCUUGCAUGCCUCAAUUAGAGCCCGUAUGCUAGAAACUACAGAGCCCAUGCACUCUGGAACCUGCACACCACAACUACAGAGCCCACGUGCCCUGGAGCCUGCGUGCCACAGCUAGAGAAGAGAAAACCCACACGCCACAACUAGAGAGACGCCUGUGCACCACAACGAAAGGUCCCACAUGCCUCAGUGAAGAUCCUGCAUGCCGCAGCUAAGACCUGAUGCAGCCAAAAAUAAAAUAAAUAAUAAAUCUUUUUUUAAAAAGGAAAUGAAUAUGGUAGAUUUUUAAAAAAAUGUCCAUUAACAAAUGAAUGGUAAAAGAAGAUGUGGUAUAUAUAUGUGUGUGUAUACACACACACACACACAUACACACAAUGGAAUAUUAUUCAGAAAUGAAAAGAAUGAAAUAUUGCCAUUUUCAGCAACAUGGAUGGACCUAGAGAUUAUCAUAUUAAGUGAAGUCAGGCAGAAAGACAAAUAUGAUAUCAUUUAUAUGUGGAAUCUAAAAAAAUAAUAAAAAUCAGCUUAUUUACAAAACAGAAAGACUCACAGACAUAGAAAACAAACUUAUGGUUACCAACGUGGAAAAAGGAGGGAAGAGAUAAAUUAGGAGACUGGAAUAACAGAUACACACCACUAUAUAUAAAAUAGAUAAACAACAAAGAUUUACUGUAUAGCACAGGGAACUAUAUUCAACAUUUUGUAAUAACCUAUAAUGGAGAAGAAUCUGAAGCUGUACACCUGAAACUAACAUAAUAUUGUAAAUCAACUAUAAUUAAAUUUUUUAAAAAAGAAGAAAUUUUGGCAAAUUCCAUAUGGUCUUCUAUGGAAAUCCAACCAAUGCUGAUGACAGUAUUCCUUUACUAGAAGGAAUAUUUACUGCCAUUGGAAGUCAAUGGAAUAUGAGACAACAAGCUGAAAUACAGCUUUUCACAUAAUCUUUUGUUGAAUUAUUGAUGUUUUCUUUCUUUUUAUAAGACAAAAUGUCACAGUAAUAAUUAGGGUUUCCAACCAAUUCCAAGUCAAAAUUCAGGAUUACAUUUCUGUCUUUGAUGUUUUGUCAGUGAUUACAACAGCUUCACAGAUAUUUAAGAGAAACAAACUAAUAAAAGUUUAGCUGAAAAUCGUCAAAGGUAGUUUUAUGUUUAAAAUACAAUUUGCAAGAGACUGAUUGGAAGAAUCAUCAAUUAAAGAAGCUUAAUGCUAGAAGAUCACGUGGUCCAACCCCUGAUUUUGUGAUUAUAAUCCUAUUGUAGAAACAUGGAUAUCAGAUGCCUUCUUUGCCCCUCCUACACCUGCCUCUGGCAGUAGAACUCUAGGGACUACAAAACAGACUUUCUUGCUCUCUGGCUUCAAUUUAAUAACCAAUGGGAGUCCCUAUAGGAUAUCAAAGGAAGGGCGUAUUAUCAGGAUCCCCCAGAUGAGUGCCUACCUUAAUGAAAAGUCAUAACUCAUGUCAGGCAACCCUCUCCUUCCAGAUUUUCCUAAUCACUCCCUCCCCUUGUCCUUUCAGGCCCAAGUGCAGUAAGAGCUGUUGCUAAACCCGGGUACUGCCCUACCCGCUCUGGUUUCUCACCCACAGUGGUUCUCAAAUUUUAGCUUGCAUUGGAAUUGCCUGGUGGGCUCCUUAAACCCAGGUUACUAGUUACCCCCAUGGCAAAGUUUCUGAUUCAUAUGUCUGAGAUGGCUGCUGAUAAUUUGCAUUUUUAACAAGCUCCCAGGUGAUGCUAGAAGCACUGCCCUAUAGCCCUAUAUCUUGACCACCUUUUAAUAAAUUAUCCUAAUUUGAGUUUGUUAUCUCUUCCUUCUGGAACCUUGACUAAUAUAAAUGGCUAAAAAAAAAAUUGGUUGAAAAUAGACAAAGUUUGUUGUAUGAUUAAACAUGAUUUUCAGGUGCUUGUUUGAAAAAUCUUUAAAUCAAAGAAGAGAAAGCUGUAGGGAUUUAGGAAAUCAUUUUGUCCAAUUAUUAAAUUUCAGAGCAGAAGAAAUGCAGACAAAGAGAGGUCAAGUGAUUUAUCAGCCACUUGGUGUCCUGCUUUUCAGGGAAGUCUUUUCAGGAUACUAUUCUGCUUCUUAUCAUAUAGCAACUCUUAUCCCUCUCACCCCACCUCCCUCUCCCCUCCCCUGGAUUGUGUAAUUGCCUUCUGUGUUUCCAUUAUCUCUUUAGGUUUGGGUGCCUGUGGUACAUGUGGUGUUUCAGGUAAUCACCAUAGUUUGGGGCAACUCAGGAUAAGAUCUGUAGCUGUUUUCAGCAUAGGGCUUAGUAGAACCAAAUGUUUCAUUGAUGUUUUGUGCUGAUGGGAAAUAAGAGUCCAUGGCAGGACCCUUGUUUGAAUAAUAGAGUCUGGUCUAUCCAUUAUCUUUCAAGUCAUCUUGCACUCAGUCACACAGAAACUCACCUGACACUUUGCUUCUCUCUCACCUACUUUCCAAAGACGUUUUCCCAAUUAAUCUUUAUCAGCUUGGCUUUUCAAGUUGUUAUCUGAGACCCGCACCCCUUGUCCUCCAUCUGUUUAGGCAUUUGCUUACUCAGCAGCUGUAGUUCUUCUUUGUCCUUUUUGCUUUGAAGUCUCUAAGUGGAAACCCAAGGCACUGUCUGCCCAGCUCCACCCAUACUUUCCUGGGAGCUGCAGCCUGUUGCAGUGUUCUCUGGCCACAGAAAUUGGACCAGGAAUCAGUAAAAUACAGAAGUUCUUUCUUCAAGAUUUUUUGACUAUGGACAGCUAGAUUUUUCCCAGGAGGCUAAAGCUAUGAGAUUGGAAACACUGGGGCUUUGAACAACCAGGUUUUCUGCUGAGGAAGGCAGGUGGCAGCCAAGUGAGGAGAAAUGAAUCUGGCAUCCAGCAGUGAGAAAUGGGGGUGCUGUUCAGCUACACCAUGCCCUGGGUUCCAGCUGCUCCUGAGGAUUAGGAACAUCCCUGGCCAUCCUACCCUUUGAUUGCUAAACUCAUAAAAACUCCUCAUUUUUGCUAAACCAGUUCAGUUUGGAUUUCUAUUUCAUGAAGUCAAACAUUGUGAUUGAUAAAAUAGAACAAAUGGUCAUUUCUGUUUACCUGGUUAUUAUUAGUAAUAACAGUAUACAUUUCUUGAGUAUGUUCUAUGGACCAUUUAAUCCAUACAGCACUCCUCAGAUGCGGGUAGAACAGGAGAGAAAACUGGGGCUGAGAGAGAUUACAUGGCCAUCUUCUGUCUCAAUGUUGUGCAACUAUACAUGGCUGAGCCAGAUUCCUACCAGGUAUCCCCAGAUUUAAACAACCUGUGUUCUUAACCAUAAUGUUCUCUCUGAAUCUCAAUUAUACCAAAGUUCCUUUUCAAGUAACAGGCAAGGAUAGAAGGAUGGGAUUUUCAGUGCUCUUUUGUACUCAGAAUUCAGGAUCUUAGAGUUGAGCUUCUUACCAUUAAGUUUCAUAGCAUACUUUCCAACUCGAGUAUGUGCUCUACAAUUUUCUCUGACUCAGCAUAAAAUUCUGCCUGGCAAAGUCCUGCUCAUCCUUCAAAGCCCCAUAGAACCUUUCCUACUCCAGGCUGAAUAAACCACUCACUCCCUUUCUUCCUGCUCUCCUGUUCACAUUAUAGUUAACGGGUUACAUGUCUGACUCCAAUACUAUGUCGAGAGUUCCAUGAAGUCAUGGACCAUGUAUUCAUCAUUUGUCUAACUCCUAUUCCUUACACAAUACCUGCCUUAGAAUAGGUGCUUAAUAACUACUUGUUGAGUUAAAUUGAUUUGGGAAGCAUGCAGAGCCUAACCAGUGCAGAUGAAGAAACUAUAUUCUUAUGCCUGGACAAUUAUGAAAAAUGGCACAAGGUGGCCCAAACACAAUGGCUCAGGUGAGCAGAUGUCUUUACAAGGGGCCGGGGACCAUCUAGUGUGACUAAUGGGAGACUGACUUCCAAUCCUUCACUCCUAAUGCAGUUUAUCCUCAAUACCUGUCAAAGUCUGAACACUGUUCACUAACUGAAUUUGAAAUACCCAGGCACUCACUGUGGCAUAUAAAAUACAAUAUAAAUAUGAUUUAUUUAUGAUCCUUGACUGUAUCCCAGGUGACAUUCUGAAUAUUUUUGUCGGCGCUGGCUUUAUUUUAAUUGAUAGUACAAGACCAUAUAGCAUGGGCCAGUGUCUUCAUUUCCAGGACCUGAGAUGACUGUUUCAUGGACCAAGCUCUGAACAUGCCUCUGGGCCUGGCUCUGAGUUUAAAUUUGCCUUUUUAGGACAACGGUUUAAAUGCCUCCAGUGGCUCAGCUAUUCUCGGGUCUCUUCCAUGAAUCAGCAAGUGGGAGGCAGCUGGCAGCUGGCAAUGAGAUUUGAGCUAUAUUGCAUAAGGACCAGGAGGUAGAGAAGCCAGGACAUAACACCGCAGUGAAAAUGAGGAAGAAAGAGAAAUCACUGGUUUGGCUUACAAAUUCAACACUUGCUAUCUACAUGUGAUUUACCAACUUUUUAGGUACCUCCAGAUCAUCAGUUACUCGAUGUAAACCGGGAGCCAACUGCCCCAGUUCACACAGUAGCAUCAGCAGACAGCUGUCCCCUCUGUCUGUCACCGAAGAAUCUUCUGCUCCUGUUCUUGAACUUCAGAGUCGAGGAUCCUCUGGAGUUUGUGGACACAGAGCCGAGAGGCAGAACAGAUCAGGGGAUGAUGGAACACAGACUCAUCCUGAGGAGAGCAGCCAGGGAAACAGAAUCAAGGCUCGCUGCCUAUCCUGUACGUCUAUGGUUCUGAAGGCCAUCUGGGGACUUUUGAUCAUCCUGUCAGUGUCAUCGUCUUGGGUUGGAACCACACAGAUUGUAAAAAUUACUUAUAAGAACUUCUACUGUCCAUUUUUCAUGACUUGGUUUUCAACAAACUGGAACAUUAUGUUUUUCCCAGUCUAUUACUCUGGUCAUCUGGCCACUGCUCAAGAAAAGCAAUCUCCAAUGAAAAAAUUCAGGGAAUGCAGUCGAAUUUUUGGUGAAGAUGGUCUGACAUUGAAGCUCUUUCUUAAAAGAACUGCUCCCUUUUCUAUUCUAUGGACUUUGACUAAUUACCUGUAUUUACUGGCUUUAAAGAAGCUGACAGCCACAGAUGUCUCUGCUCUGUUCUGUUGUAACAAAGCCUUUGUCUUCUUGCUGUCGUGGAUCGUGCUGAAAGACAGGUUCAUGGGAGUGAGGAUAGUUGCCGCAAUAAUGGCAAUCACUGGCAUCGUCAUGAUGGCGUAUGCAGAUAAUUUCCACGCUGAUUCCAUCAUAGGAGUAGCAUUUGCAGUGGGCUCGGCCUCGACAUCUGCACUGUAUAAGGUUUUGUUUAAGAUGUUUCUCGGAAGUGCCAACUUUGGUGAAGCAGCACACUUUGUCUCCACUUUGGGUUUCUUCAACUUAAUCUUCAUCUCCUUCACCCCGGUCAUCCUGUAUCUCACCAAGGUGGAGCACUGGUCCUCGUUUGCAGCUCUGCCAUGGGGCUGUCUCUGCGGGAUGGCAGGGCUCUGGCUGGCCUUCAACAUCCUGGUGAAUGUUGGUGUGGUGCUGACAUACCCAAUCCUCAUCUCCAUCGGAACAGUGCUCAGCGUUCCUGGAAAUGCAGCUGUGGAUCUCCUGAAGCAGGAGGUGAUAUUCAAUGUCGUCCGCCUGGCUGCUACCAUCAUCAUCUGCAUUGGGUUUCUGCUGAUGCUAUUGCCGGAGGAGUGGGAUGAAAUUACCCUGAGAUUCAUCAACAGCCUGAAGGAAAAGAAGAGUGAGGAGCAUGUGGAUGAUAUCACUGAUCCCAGUGUCCACCUGAGAAGCAGAAACAGGGCCAUUGGGACUGUGUCCAUACCACUGGCUUAGAGAGGAACACAUUUUGAAUGCACGUGUAUGUAUAUUCUGUGAAUAUAAUAAAAUUUUCUCACCACCUGUACACUCAAACGACAGUAUUAACUCUGAAUUUGCAUAAGUCAUAUGUGAAAUAAUGCUAACAAUAAAAGUUUACAUUUAUAUGCUUAUCAAGGAACUGGUGUAAAUAAUCAUAAUAAAUUUUUUUAUUAAAACAUAUUCAUACUUGUUCUAUUUCUUCUGGGUUUUUUUUGGGAGGGGGAGAUUUUCUCCUAAUUCACAAAAUGUUCUAUUAAAUUAUGGGCUUGUCAUUACCUUCUUCUCUCCUGGAACUGAAACCUUUUCAUUCAAUCAGAAAAAAUUGCAUAAGAGGAGAAAGUACAUGAAAAGGAUACACACUUUACAUAUAUUUAAGUCCAAUAAGAGCCUUCAAUUUGAAAGCUGGAAAGUAAUUAAGUAUCAACAGAGUAUCUUCCAUAUGCAAGACCUACACUAGGAACAAUGAAGACGUGAAGAUGUAAGACUCCAUCUGUACUUUCAACAUGCUUACAGGAGCACAGAGCAUAAAAGAGGUUAGAAAUAUCUCUAAUAUGAGGUAGACAUUUGGAAAUGGUAUAAUGGUUAUGGAGAGGACAUCUAUUUCACCAGUUUUAGAGCUGUUUACAUUUGCUGUCACUUCAAGUCCCAUUCACUCUUCAACCCACCUUCUGGGCACCACCUUCUGCCCACAUCAUUCCUCUGGUGAAGUGCAUUCACCAAAGUCACCAAUGACCUUUUCUUGCAAAACCAUAUUGACACUAUUCAACCCUUACUUUAUUGUCCUCUCUGUAGCAUGUGCAUGAUGACCACUCCUUUUUCCUGCAAUGUUCUCUUCACCUAGAUCCCAUUAUGGUCUCCUGGUUCUCUUUCUCCCUUACUGGCUGCUCCUCUGGACUCCUCUUCCUAGGCUGGUCUCAUUGCUGUCCGUGUUCAGUCCUUGUCCUUCUUAGUGUCUCACUCCACACUCUCUUCCUCAGAGAUCUCAUCUGCUUCCAUGGCUUUCAAUGUCAUCCAUGUGGUGAUGGCUUCAUAAUACUUAUCUCCAGCCCAGAUUUGUCCCCCAAGCUUCAGAUCUGACUAUCCAAAUUCCUUCUGCAGCCUCACUUGGAUGCCCCAUUGUUCACUUCACGUUCAAGAACAUAGUUAAAUCUAUCAUCUCUCCUCCUCAGACCUACUCCGUCCUCUCCCUUGUUCCCUGUCUAGGUUAAUGGUACCAUCAUUCACGGGCUGCCCAAGCCAGAGAUCAAACUUAACUUCUGCCUUCCUCACCCUCCACAUCUAAACCAUAAAUCUUAUUGAUUACUUUCCUUAAUAUUUCUUGAAUCCAUGCACUUCUCUACUAUGCUACCUAUUCUAUGACCCUAUCAUUUCCUGAUGAAUUAAAUACUCACUUUACUGGUCUAACUCCCAGUAUUGCCUCUCUCUAAUCCCUUUUGUACCCUGCAGAAUGACUUUUCUAAUAUAUAAAUUUGAUCAUUCUACUUCCCUAUAUAGAACACUUCAGUGACAUCUAAUUGUCCUCAGAGUAAGUUCCAAACACUUUUGCAGGUCAUUCAAAGUUCAUCACUGAUUGGCUCCUGCCUACCUCUAGAGAAGCACCAUACAGUAGAACUUUCUGUGAUGAUGGAAAUAUUCUAUAUCUGCACUGUCCAACAUAGUAGCCACAACUGGCUAUUGUGCUCUUUAAAUAUGGC